UCACGGGGACAGCCAAUGCAAGUGGUGUAUGUGCCAUCGCACCUCUAUCACAUGGUUUUUGAACUUUUCAAGAAUGCAAUGAGAGCCACCAUGGAACAUAAUGCUGAUCGAUGCAUUUAUCCUCCAAUUCAUGUACACGUCACGUUGGCAAAUGAGGAUUUAACUGUGAAGAUGAGUGAUCGUGGUGGAGGUGUUCCUAUGAGGAAAAUUGACAGACUAUUCAACUACAUGUAUUCAACAGCACCACGUCCACGUGUUGAGACAUCACGAGCUACACCUUUGGCUGGAUUUGGUUAUGGCUUACCCAUAUCACGUCUGUAUGCACAGUACUUCCAAGGAGACCUGAAACUAUAUUCCUUAGAAGGCUAUGGUACAGAUGCAGUUAUUUACAUAAAGGCCUUAUCAACAGAAUCAAUUGAGAGACUCCCUGUAUAUAACAAAGCAGCCUGGAAACAUUAUAAAGGAAACCAUGAAGCAGAUGAUUGGUGUGUGCCAAGCAGUGAGCCAAAGGACAUGACCACUUUUCGCAGUACAUAG